CUUCAUCUUCUAUUACAACAAAAACCCUUGGACAGAAGAGAAAACCCUAGAAACGACGAUCAAAGAUGACGCAGAAGAGCAACCAGUUCAAGGGCCAACAAAAGAGGAAGACUAUUGCUCCAAAUCGCCAUGGAAAAUCCAUUCAAACUCGCAAAGGGAAGAGAAAUGUGAAACCAUCAAAGAUGACGAAAGAGAUGGACACUGAUCGGGAGCUUACGAAAUUCAUAAACCAUUGCAAUGAAGUGAAAGCAACUAAUGCAGCUUGCAAAGUAGGUGGUCAACUUAAUAUCAUCAAACCUGAAUCUCAAGCUGAGCCUUCCAAGAAAUCUGCCAAAUAGACAACAAAUCUGUCGCUUUUUUUUUUUUGUUUUGUUUCCAGUGUUUCAACUUCUGUUGUUCUUACACAAUCCAAUCGGUUUUGUCUUUAAAUCAUCAUUUAUAAUGCUAUUGUUACCAAUUUUGCACUUACAGACAAAAGACAAGUUUCUUGCGACUUUACGAGA